GCCGCCUUACAGGUUGAUGGAGGAAGGCAAAGAUACCAAGGUGUCGACAACCGUCAUUUCCAAAGUGCCAUCGACUCAGUACAGGGAGUACGAGAGCGAGGAAGAGCGUUUCCACCAUGCUCUACUGGAGUUGAAGGACCUGCGCUCACAGCUCCACCAUGCAGCGGAUUACUGCGAGACUGCGUUUUCCAAGUCCGAGCACAAGAAAAUGAUUUUGGAGGGUACAAAGAGCUAUAUAUGUGAAGCCAUGGUGGCAGUCGUCGACCAUUUAGGAAAUGUCUCCUCCAAGCUGGAGCAGAGUCCCCUUGCCAAUGCCGUGGUUGUGCAGACAGAGCAAAGGAUUGAUUGCUUGAAGCAGAGACUUCUCACCUGUCAACACUAUGCUACAAGUCUCGAAUUGUCUAGCAUGCAACUAAGCAUCAAGUUCCCUCGACAACACCAGCAUUAUGUUUCACCAGCGGCCCAGUGUAUUGGGAAGUCAAGUGAUGAUCUCUCCAGGACUGAGGGGACAAAUUCUCAACCAGCUGAAGUUCCUAUCACCAAAGACCAUUCAUCAGUGACGGAACAUUUCUUGGGUUCCCAAGCUGGUACUCAUUUCAUGCCGGCAAGCAAUGGAACGAUUUCGGGAGUAGAGCUUGCUAAAGCAGUUCCAGUUCUAGAAGGACCAUCCAUGCUCUCAAAACCACGUAAUUCUUCAUUUAGUUGCAAGUCAGAGGAUCUAUAUAUGCUGGAAGGUGUCAAUCAAAAAAAGAAGCCCGUGCAAAUAGACAACUUUUUGUCAUUCUUGCGAUUUAAUAAAAGAAAGAUAUAAAAAGUGCAUUAUGGAUAUCGCUACUCGAUCCCUUAUUUAAACAUCAAUUUUACUUGUGGUCCUAUAAUUUUGCAUUUAAUUAGAAGCCAUCAGCUGCCUAUGUUCUUCUAAGUGUGACACAGGUUGUGAAUGUUUAGCAUCUUGAAUG